AUGGAUUCUUUUGAUAAAGUCCCUAACCCAACUGCAAAUCCAGAUAGGGAUGCAGAUUUUUCAGGGAUUCUUGAAAUCCAUGUUCAACAUGCUAGGAACAUUCAUAACACAUGUAUCUAUGACAACCAAGAUGUUUCUGCUAAAUUCUCUCUCACCUAUAAUCCGGACGAGACGCUGUCAACAAGGAUCGUCAACGGUGGUGGGAAGAAUCCUGAAUUCAAUGAGGUUUUGAUCAUGAAAAUCAACCAGAUCGAUGCUGUUCUCAAAUGCGAAAUCUGGAUGCUUAGCCGGGCUAAGAAGUCCAUGGAUGAUCAGCUUCUUGGAUUCACCUUAAUGCCGAUUUCUUCGGUUAAUGGACAAGGAAAGGUGACUAAAGAUUUUAGCCUGUCUUCUACUGAUUUGUAUCACUCCCCAGCUGGUACUAUCAAAUUAUCCCUUUCUUUGAGUGCAAAUCAAAAUGCUCCUCUCGAUCACUGUGUAAAUUCUUUGUCUGAUUCGGUUGCUGAUUCGUCUAAAACUUCUGAUCUUUUGGUGGAUAAAAAGAUCCAAGAAGAGUAUUUCAGUAAAGACUUUCCUGAUAUUAACGUAGUCAAUGAAAACCAGCAAAUGGUUUCAGAAUAUUUUUCAGAGGAAGGAUCUUUACACAAUCAUGUUAUUGAGGCUGAAGAAUCCGCAAAGACAGCGUGUGUAAACAAGAAUCUUAAUAUAGCAGAAGAGGGGUUUUUGCACGAUCACAAGUGCGUUGAGGCUAAGAAAGCAUCUUUGGAACGUGAAUUUUGGGAUAUCGUUCUUCCUGGACUUGAUUCUGCAGAUCCAGCGCCAAGAUUAGCAAAGAUCGAUCCCGAUUUCAGUAGCCUAGCAGAACUAAAGGAACUAAAUGAAGAUUGGUUGAACUCUUCAUCGUGGUGGAAGUCUCCUCCACGUUCUCCUACGCGUUGGGAUUCUCCACCCGUCUCUCCUUUUGCACGGGAGCACGAGUCCGUUGAAUUUACUUUGAAGGAAGAAGAUGAUUGUCAUGUAUGA